AUGCCGAGCGCUCGAGUGCGGAAGUCUGCUGCUAAACUUCGCAAUAUAUGCAGCGGGACGCGCGCCACAGAGUCGCGCACCAAGAAGCUUCCAAUUACUUCACGAUCUUGCCUCUCCAAUUCUCGUAAGAUCCGCCAAUUUGAUUCACAUGAUCCCCCAUUGAACAACUCUUCUCAUCUCACUUCCCUUCCCAUCGUAAAUAGACGCGUGAAAGCGCCUUGUGAAGGAGCAAUGCUUAAAACUAAAUCCGCUAAGGCGUCAUCCCUAAUUUCGACUCAACAAUCUUCAAUGGGAGCCAAGAGAGACGGCCGGAUUUUGGAGCAAACAUGUAAAUCCAGCAGGGAGUCGGAUCUCCGGCCCAGGUCCAAGGAACCAAAUAGCAAUCACGCUCGCAGCACCACAUCAAGAAAGCGCAAAUCUGCGAGUAAAUUUCACUUAAACACCCAGAGUCCAGUUCCAGACUCAGAUCGUGUUUCCGGUAAUUGUUAA